AUGGAAAAUAUAAAUCAAACAAUUGAUCAACAACAUAUUGGUUCAAUUUAUUUAUCAUCACAAUGUCAAAUAACAUGUUCAAAUCCAAAUUCAAGAUCACCUUAUAUAUUAAUACAAUCAAAUAAUAAUCUUCAAACAACAACAACAACAAUAACAACAAUAACAUCAUCAUCACGUCAUUUACGUUCACCACCAUGGUCAUAUAGAUAUAUACCUAAUCAACAACGUUCUACAUUAACAUAA